AUGUUUGAAUUUCUUUUCGAAUAUGUCGAUAAGGAUACGAUACUCAAGUACAUUCGUUUGCUCGCUAUCGUUGGGUUCUAUUUGAUAUUUCGCCAUCACUACUCUACAUGGGCAAAAACGAAACAAAUUAAGAGGGAUCUCGAGAAUGAUAAAAGGGAAAAGGAAGAAGCUGCCGGAAAGGAUGAGGAAGAACAAGCGAAGGAAGAAUCGAUUAAGGAGCAAGCUUCUUCGUUCGGUUGGGGUAAAAAGACUAGAAAAAAUGUUAAGCUCCAACAAAGUAUAUUGGAGGAAGAAUUGAAUGAAUUAAGGCAAAGGCAACAAUCUUCGUAUGAUGCAGCUGAAGACCAUGACAUAGAAGAUUUGUUGGAGGAUUAG